AAAGAAAAAACCCUGCUGCAAGGAGAGGGAAGAAGAAUCCCGAGUCUCUGGAUUUCUCUGCACGACGCCGUGAAAAGACUCUUGCUCCACGGGGAAAGCCUUUGCCCUAGCAGUAUUAUUAGGCAGGCCGCCGACCAGAAGGCGGCAGAGGAAGAGCAAACCAAACAAGAACACCACUACUGCAUUCGCGGCGAGCGAGGAAGAGGGCGAGCAUGGCGUGCCUGCACGACCACGAGUGCGAGUCUCACAACUGCGCCGCAGAUUGGUCGCUCUACAACCACGUCGACAUCCCCAAGGUGGUGGCUCUGAACGAAUCUGUGGCUGGGAGCGUCAAAUCGGUCUUCAAGCCGUGGGAGCAGCGCCUCGAGACUUCUGGGGGUUUUCUGGAGAGUAAUGAGGGUGACCCCGAGUUGCUUGUUUUCAUCCCAUUUACAUCAGAUGUUAAGAUCAAGAGCAUUGCUGUUGUCGGUGGUGCUGACGGGACAAGCCCUUCAAGAAUGAGAGCGUUUAUCAAUAGAGAAGGUAUCGACUUUUCUGAUGCUCAAAACAUGCAGCCCAUGCAGGAAUGGGAGCUGGCAGAGAAUUUGCGGGGAGUUCUUGAGUACCAAACAAGAUAUUCAAGGUUCCAAGGUGUGGCCAACCUAACACUGCAUUUCCCUGAUAACUUUGGUGGCGAUACAACUAAGAUAUAUUACAUCGGGUUGCGUGGUGAAGCCACUCAGAACAAAAGGGAUGUCGUGGCCACAAUUGUGUAUGAAGUAAUGCCCAAUCCUUCUGAUCACAAAACAAAAUCUGAGACUGGAGGUGGGUUCUCACAUGUUGAGUAGUCACGUGGACAUGUCAGGUGCGAUAGGACAGCAUCUGGAGCAAAAAGCGCACAAAGAAUCUCAUAAUGUUUCUGUUUGGGCGGCUAUCAAUUAUCUCGUUCUCUGUAAUGCCAUGCCUAGGCAGAUCCAAGUCUGGUGCUGCUCCCGACUGGAGGAACUGUGACGUCUGUUAAGUUCUGUAUUAAUAAACAGUCCUGCUGUUACACUUGUAGGUUUGUCUCUGGAGUCACUUGUAGCGUUGCCUCUUGAGUAUAAUACCAGUGUACUUGUGGUCAGUGGCUC